AUGUCGGAGAUAGAAAAUUUACCAAAGGAGCUUGUUGAUGAGAUUCGGACGACUUUCAAGAUUUUUGAUCAGGACGAUGAUGGUAAAAUAACGACGAAAGAACUUGGUACUGUUCUUCGAUCCUUGGGCCAAAAUCCGACAGACGGUGAGCUUCAAGAGCUGAUUAAUCAGGUUGAUUACAAUCGAAAUGGAGUCAUUGAGUUUGAUGAGUUUGUUGACCUUAUGAUGAGGGACUACGCAAAAGUCGACCACGAGUCCGAAAUCUCCCAUGCUUUUCGCCAAUUCAGCCCGGAUAUAAACUUCACGAUCCCGAUCAAGGAAGUGAUCGACACGCUAGAAAUCAUCGGUAUACGAGAAUCUGAAAUUCGACAGUUUGAAACAGAAUGUUCUACCGACACGAAUCGUCUUGCCAGAAGAGAUUUUCUCGAAAUGAUUCAUCGCCAAAAUGUAAAAGAAUAA